AUGGAUUCAGUUCAUUAUGUAGGGAGUUUGGUUGAUGGGACAACAUUUAUCUCCACUAGAGAAAAAGGGGAACCCUUCUCCUUCAAGAUUAGCCAAGUACUUACAAUGAAGAAAGGAGAAAUAGCAUUGUUUACAUUGCCUCCCCAAUUGGGAUUUGGAGUUUCAGUCACAAAUGUUGUGCCUCCAAAUUCUAUCAUUCAGUUUGAAAUAGAGCUUCUCUCAUGGAUCGCGGUAUUAGAUGCCUGUAAAGAUGGUGGCAUUCUUAAGAGAGUAGUGAAGAAGGGGGAAGAAACAGGACAACCUGGCGAUUUGGAUGAGUAUGUAGUGAAGCUGCCCGAUGGUGUUAUAAUUUAUGAAUCACCAAAAGAAGGUGUUGAGUUUUACUUGAAAGAUGAUGGAUUUGGUGAAGAAGGGGUUACAAUUACAUCACUGCCCAAUGGUUUCUCUCCAAUUCCACCAAAUUCUAUGCUUCAUGUUGAAUUGGAAUUGGCAGUGGAUUAUGUUAGUGAAGAAGGGGAGUUUGGGGAUUAUGAUGAAAAGGUUGUGAAAUCAUUAAGAGUUUCAUGCUGGUUGAAUGCUGCUGCUUGUAGCCUCAAAUUAGAUGAUCACAAAAAUGCAAUCAUCUUAUGUUCAAAGGUUGUUUCCAACCGGUGUUGGAUGUUGAGUUCUACAAUGUGA